UCGGGGUUUGCGACCUAGAACGCAGCCUACGGGACAGAGGCUGCAUCGCCCAUUUGCGGGUCCCCGCGUUGAUCUGCAGCCUACCCAUGUCUUCAUUCCGUGCGCUUUGGCGUAAUUUAGCACACAAUGCAGGGCGAAGCGACAAUUUGCGGAUGGACUUGCAAAUCCUCUGGAACAAAGGAACCAAGCCAAAAAAAAAUCAUCAACGGUGGGGCUGCGAUGAUGCACUGAAGUUUCCCUGAGAAGAGCAUGGCAUGCUCGACUUCAGGAUACCUUGGCAUCAAUGAUUCACUUCCUCUUUGUCCAGCCUCUCCAAUCUUUAAAAGCUCCUGGCUGAUGAUCGCAUGCGUUCGCUCUUUAAGCCUGCCAUCCGAGACCUCAUCCCUACGCGAUUACCCGCUCCAUCCUGACAGCUUGGCGGCACGGACCUGCUUUGAUUCACACAGCUCCCUUUGUUCGCCCAUCACAUGAGAGACGCGGUUCGUACACCAAGAUGACCACGUCUUCCCCAAUAUCGCUCGCAGCUUAUGUGCUGCUGGCGCACCUUGCUGUGAGCAGCUGCAUCUGCAGAACUGCAGGUCCCGCACCUGUCGAUGCCGCGCACCUCUUCAAACGGCAAGCAUCGCCCGUCUCGCCACCAGUCAACAGAGGGUCCGCGAGCCCGAUGAUCUCCGCAGACCCGAGCAUCUGGGCGAUAAUAUUUGCCAAAGCGCAGCCGAUGGUGCAUAACAUGACGUUGGAAGAGAAUGCGAGCGUGCGCGUUGGCUUGGGAGCGAUGUGUCUCCAGGACGGCCCGCUUGGCGUGCGCCCCGUGCGGAGGUUGUCUCAGUUUCCGGCGGGUGUCAUAACGGCUGCUACGAUGCUCUCUCCCGUCGCAGAAAGUGGACCGCUUGGUAGAAGCCCGCUAGAUGGGGGUAAUAACGAGGGCUUCUGUCUGGACGAGGAUCUGGGUGUCAAAGCUGCUUUUCGUACAGUUCGCAGCGCUCAAUCCACAUUCGUGCAAACUUGCGCAAAACACUAUAUCGCAUACGAACAAGAGACUUUCCACCAACCCUAUGGCUCUGCGGUCGACAGCAAGACGACGCAUGAGUUGUACUUGUGGGGCUUCGCAGAAGCAGUGCGCGCUGGAACCGCCAGCAUCACGGCGUCUGCGCUUGCUGGGCCUCGAGGCUAUGACGAAAUCAAUGGCACACAUGCGUGCCAGAGCUCGUAUGCGCUGACUGAAGUACUGAAAGGAGAGCUAGGGUUCAAUGGAAACGUCGCAGCAUUGUCCGCCUUGGACAUGUCCGUGCCCGGUAUCAAUUCGAGCAACGGCAACUUUUUCGGGCCAGCGCUCGUUGAUAGCGUGCGCAACGGCACAUUACCCGAAGAGAGGCUGGGCGACAUGGUGCUGCGCGCGCUGUCCCCAUGGCUGACACUCCAAGACCUCGACACAUUCCCAUACCCUACCUUCGAUGUGCGCGACAUGACGCUGCCGACGAACAACGUGCAGCGCGAUCACUGGAAGCUGAUUAACAAAAUAGGCGAGGAGAGCGUGACAUUGAGUAUCCACCAACUUCACAACCUGCUCAAACUGCUCAUUUCCGGCUCCAGAGCCGGUGCCAAUCCGCGCGGCUGGACAUCGUGCGGACAAGACACGCUGACAUCGAUUGGCGGCUCCGGCUGGGCGUACCCUCCGUACCGAUACGUGCGCGAAGGUGUGGUCGACGUGAACGUUACACUGAACGACUGGGAUAUCUCGAACGCGCAAGCACAAGCGGCUCUCUCGGCGUCUUCGCUCGUCUUUAACUUGACGCUGUUGAACGACGGUGACAAGGAGUGCAAUGACGCGAUCGUCAUCAUCCACGCGCCGGAAGUCGUGUUGUUGGAGGAAUGUAUCGAGCGCCCUAAAGUCACCGCUGUUUGCAUGACCUACUACCCAGGGAAGGUGAGCGGCGAGUCGCUGCCGCCGCUGCUGUGGGGCGAGAAGAGUCCGAGCGGCAAACCUCCGUUCGUGAUGGGCAAGGCCCUGAGCGACUGGUCUCCGAAUGGCAUCUUCAGCGACAUGGUUCUACAGCCAUCCGUCAACUUUUCCGAGGGCAAGCUGAUCGACUGGAAGUGGUUCCAGGUGCAAAACAUCACUCCGCGCUUUGGCUUUGGACAUGGUCUAUCGUACGCCACCUUUGCCUGUGGCCAGCUUGCCUUCGAAUUCAAGUACGCCGCGGACAACACGUCGGUCCACCGCACGAGCGAGCGCUUCGUGCGUGGCACCCAGUAUGACUCGUGUCACGCUGAGCAACAAGGGCAACUGCGCGCCGCCGAGGUGGUGCAGCUGUACGUCUCCUUCCCUGCUGAUGACGCGCAGGGCCAACCGCCGAAGCUGCUGCGCGGUUUUGAAUGGGCGUGGCUCGAGCCCAGGCAGACUACUGUGGUCGCGUGCGACAUCCGGCGCAAGGAUGUGUCCGUUUUCGACGUGCCAAGCAACAUGUGGCACCUGCCCAAGAGCGCAUUCACCACGUCUGUCGGCAGCUCGAGCGAGAGUAUCCAUUCGACCUUGCAACAUACUUUUGUUUCCUAG